AUCAAUGCUGGAGGAGCUGAAGGACCGCAACGUGUAUGGAGUUGCAGCGUGCAGGCCUGAUGAAAAUAGCUAUGCUUGUUUUAAGGAUAAGAAAAUAAAUGCUUGGCUUUCAGAUGUCUUCACCGCUGUCUGGCUACAUCACACCAAGACAGUGAAACUUAACACGACGUCAUUUGGAGAUCAGUUCGACUACCUGAAGAAAAAAGUCACCGAGGCUGCGAGAAAACCUCAGACGCCAUGUAACUAUGGCGACAUGAACAUAUGUAAAGUAAUGCUGAGUGAAUUUCUUGGCAAAUCACCCGACUCUGUGAGGGGAGCGGGGCCAGGCCAGCCUACGAACUUCCGAGUGUCUGAUGUGGUAGACGCUACAGAAGUUCCACUGCUAAUCCAAGAAAACAGGAUUAAAAAUGAACCGAACCUAAUAAAAAGACAGGCCCUGGAAAGACAAUAUCAUGCGCUUAAAAGAAAGAGGAAGACAGUGGAUGAAGCGCUGCAGAAGAUUGCUGAGCGCACAAACGCUUCACGAGCUCUGACUGAAAAGCGUGAGGUGACUCGGACGUACGAACUCAAACUCGUGGCUGAGCAUUUCAGGAAAAAUCUCUUCAACUGGGAAGAGGAGCCGUUUGUUGUCACUCCUUCACACAUACAGGUUUUAGUGAAUCUGUGUGAACGUGGAUUGCAGGUUCAGAGCAUCACUGAGGCCAUUACUCACGUGAGCUUUGAGAUUGCUUUCUGAAGAAAUCACACACGACGUCACAGUCAUUUUCUUUUACGAUUUUUCUUUUUUCAGUACUCUAAGGACAGCUUUCAGAAAAUGUCUGAUCGGAAUUCAACA